CCUAAAAGACCAUAUAGCCAACAUUGGUAGGUGAUCCUCAUAAAAAAUAAGAGAUAAAGUUUUAGGUACAUCUUAUUUUCAAAAAUCUUUAUUUGACCGACCCAUUACCAUGCACCAAUGCAAAAGCUAUUUCUCCCACAGGUUGAUAAAAAGAAGCUCACCUUAUAAUAACAAUUAAAAUUAAAAAUCGAUUAAUCAUAUUUUUUUUUAUUUUUUUUUUUCGAAAAAAUAAAAAAGAAAAUCUUCAUUGGUUUGUAUGAAAGUGAAAAUCACAACAGAUCCCUAGGUAAAAAAGUUAAUCAUUCAUGAUCCAUUUUUUAAAAAAAAAAUUGACUGUUCAUACCAAACUAUUAACCCAAAAUAAACCCUCUUCCAAACUUUUAAACUAAUUUCACCCUAAUUUUCUCUAAUCUCUCAUCUUUAAAUUUCUCCUCUUUUUUAUCCAUUAUUAUCUCAUUGUUUCAAAUAUCAAUAUGAAAUCCCACUUUUCUAUACCUUCACUUGCAUCAUUUCUCUUCUUCCUAUUCUUAUUCUCACCUUCAAGUGCUGCACCAGUUGGAAUAUGCUAUGGAAAUAUAGCAGACAACCAUCCACCACCAUCCUCAAUAGUCUCCCUCCUCCAAUCGAACGCGAUACCGACGUUUCGAAUCUUCAAACCAUCACCAGAAGUGUUACAAUCAUUCUCAGACUCAGGGAUCAACCUAAUGAUAGGUGUCCCAAAUGAAAUACUACCUUCCUUAGCCAAUAACCCUGUUACAUUUUCUUUACAAUGGCUUCAAUCCAACAUUUUAGACUAUUUCCCACCUACACAAAUCAAAUACUUAGCCGUUGGAAAUGAAGUUUUUGUAAAAGAUCCAUAUUACACACCUUUUGUAGUCCCUUCAAUUUGGAACCUUCAUCAAGCCUUAAAAACCCUAAAUUUAGAUCAAAUGAUAAAACUGUCUACCCCACAUGCGGCGUGUGUUCUUGGGACUUCUUUCCCCCCUUCAAAUGGGAGUUUUAAUCAUGAAAUUGUGCAACAAAUGAUCCCUUUGUUACAAUUUUUGCAACAAAAUGAUUCACCCUUUAUGGUAAAUAUAUACCCUUUUUUUAGUUACAUAAAUAACAAAAAAGAUAUUGGUCUAGACUAUGCCCUAUUUAACUCCCAAGGUUAUAUGUUGGAUAAUGAGUUGUACUAUAACAACUUGUUCGAUGCCACGUUGGACUCGUUCGUGGUGGCGAUGGAGAGGGAGGGGUUCCCUGGGGUACGAGUCGUGGUGACGGAGACAGGGUGGCCUACGGGUGGGGGCGAGGACGCGAGCCCGGAUAAUGCUAGGAUGUACAAUGGUAAUGUUGUUAGGCGCGCUAGAGGAGAUGUUGGGACUCCUAUGAGGCCGGGUGUUGGAGUGGAGGUAUUUUUGUUUGAUAUGUUUGAUGAAAAUGAGAAGGAUGGAGAAGAAUAUGAGAAGCACUUUGGGGUUUUUGAGCUUAAUGGUAUGAAGGCUUAUGAUGUUAGCUUUACCUAGCUAAUGUAACAUGGUUUAUUUGAUCACUAAAUUUUCAUGUCAUUGUCUUGAUAUACUUGUAAAGUUGUUCUAGUUCAUAUACUUUUAUCAUGCAUUCCUCCAACUUCAAACUAAAUUAGAAUGUACUUGCAUUAAUGCAUAUAUGUUACAACAAUAUAUUACGUGCAAAGAAAAACAAUUUUAUGUACUUUUUUUGUAGCAAUUAUUUGGG